UCCUUUGGUCAUGCAGAACUGAAACUCUUCAAACUCUCUUAUCAUGAAGAAGAAGAAAGCGGGUCGCAGUCUGGCCAGAAAAGUUUUGUUUGCAAAAACUAUAAACCCACAAGGAUGGGAGAAACCAGUGUAGACGGAGACAAAACCACAGAGUCUCCGGUUGGGAACACCGUCACGAAGAGUGAGAAGAAGAGUGUGGGGAACUCGUUCUUCAGCUGGCUGCUGGUUCUGGCUCUUCUCGGCGCUUGGCUCUCUGUGGGAAUCGUGUGGUUCGACCUCGCCGACUACAACAGUGUGGUUGGUGCGCUUGGAAGAGUUUACGAUGCUGACGGCGAUGGAGACUUCGAUGUAGAAGAUGCCAAAGUUCUGUUGGAGAACACUACUGUGGCGACUAAGGACAAAACCUUGAGAAAAAACCUUGAGCCGAAGGAACACAGAGUCCAAGCUCACCCCAAGAGCUCAUAUGAGAGACCGAAAGAAGCGGGGUUAAAAAAUGACAGAGAUGAGAGACCGAAAGAAGUGGGGUUUAGAAAUGACAGAGAACAUCCUACCAGAGAUAUUGGGCGAAAGCUGAAAGCAGCUCUGAAGGAGCAGCUACGAAUGAUUCAUGAGAAGAUUGAAGCCAAAAAGAUCGCCAAACUAGCCCUCGCUGAGGUCCGUAGUGUUUUGGCUCAAGAGGAAGGGGACAGACAAGCUGAUCUCGCUGCUAAAAAAAUCAAAGAAGAGGCAGAAGCUAAAUUACAAAAGGAACGGAUACAAAGAGAACAAGAGGAGAAACAAGCCAAGGAGAAAGCAGAGAGGGAGCGAGUGGAACAAGAAAAUCUGGCCAAAGAAAAAGCAGAAAAAGAAAGACUUGAGAAGGAAAAAGCAGAAAAAGAAAGACAGGAGAAAGAAAAGGCAGAAAGGGAAAGAAUUGAGAAAGAAAAGGCAGAAAAAGAAAGACUGGUCAAAGAAAAGACAGUAAAGGAAAGAUUGGCCAAAGAAAAGGCAGAAAAGGAAAGACUAGCCAAAGAAAAGGCAGAAAAAGAAAGACUAGCCAAAGAAAAGGUGGAAAAAGAAAGACUAGCCAAAGAAAAGGCAGAAAAAGAAAGAAUUGAGAAAGAAAAGGUGGAAAAAGAAAGACUAGCCAAAGAAAAGGCAGAAAAAGAAAGAUUGGCCAAAGAAAAGGCGGAAAAAGAAAGAAUUGAGAAAGAAAAGGCGGAAAAGGAAAGACUAGCCAAAGAAAAGGCGGAAAAAGAAAGACUAGCCAAAGAAAAGGCAGAAAAAGAAAGAAUUGAGAAAGAAAAGGCAGAAAAAGAAAGAAUAGCCAAAGAAAAGGCAGAAAAAGAAAGAAUUGAGAAAGAAAAGGCAGAAAAAGAAAAGGUGGAAAAGGAAAGACUGGCCAAAGAAAAGGCAGAAAAAGAAAGAAUUGAGAAAGAAAAGGCGGAGAAGGAAAGACUGGCCAAAGAAAAGGCGGAAAAAGAAAGAUUGGCCAAAGAAAAGGCAGAAAAAGAAAGAAUUGAGAAAGAAAAGGCGGAAAAAGAAAGACUAGCCAAAGAAAAGGCGGAAAAGGAAAGACUGGCCAAAGAAAAGGCAGAAAAAGAAAGACUUGAGAAAGAAAAGGCAGAAAAAGAAAGAUUGGCCAAAGAAAGACUUGAGAAAGAAAAGGCAGAAAAAGAAAGAUUGGCCAAAGAAAGACUUGAGAAAGAAAAGGCAGAAAAAGAAAGAUUGGCCAAAGAAAAGGCAGAAAAGGAAAGACUUGAGAAAGAAAAGGCAGAAAAAGAAAGAUUGGCCAAAGAAAGACUUGAGAAAGAAAAGGCAGAAAAAGAAAGAUUGGCCAAAGAAAAGGCAGAAAAGGAAAGACUUGAGAAAGAAAAGGCAGAAAAAGAAAGAUUGGCCAAAGAAAAGAAAGAAAAAGAAAGAUUUGAGAAAGAAAAGGUAGAAAAAGAAAGACUAGCCAAAGAAAAGGCAGAAAAAGAAAGAUUGGCCAAAGAAAAGAAAGAAAAAGAAAGAAUUGAGAAAGAAAAGCCAGAAAAGGAAAGACUUGAGAAAGAAAAGCCAGAAAAGGAAAGACUUGAGAAAGAAAAGAAAGAAAAAGAAAGAAUUGAGAAAGAAAAGCCAGAAAAGGAAAGACUUGAGAAAGAAAAGCCAGAAAAAGAAAGAAUUGAGAAAGAAAAGCCAGAAAAGGAAACACUUGAGAAAGAAAAAACAGAAAAGGAAAGAUUGGCCAAAGAAAAGAAAGAAAAAGAAAGACUUGAAAAAGAAAAGCCAGAAAGGGGAAGAAAGGAGAAAGUAGAGAAAGAAAGAGAGAAGGCGCCAAAGGAGAAAGAUGUAAAGGAGAAGAAAAUGAAGGAAAGAGAAGACGUGAACGAUAACAAACAAGAACCGGUGGCCAAGUUAAAUACAAAAGCACAUGGACAAAAAGUUGAUGAAUCCGAAAAGGAAAAAGAAUCUGCGGAUGAACAGAAAACCAAAGAGGAGAAAAUAUCCACCCGUGGUUUACUUAAAUCUUCAAACAAAAAAAUCAAGAAAUAAAUAAUAGUGAACGGCCAUAACUGAGAUUUAAUUCAAUAAAGAGAAAAACUCCUAGUGUGUUGAGCAGGAACUGUUGGGAAGUGAACGACUCUAAAGCAAGACGAGUGUAGAAAUGAAACUCUACAGCGCUGAAGCUUUAGCUGAGAGGAAGAAGUCGUAACCCAAGUGUCGAGUCCGACUCGUCUCAGCCAAUCCGCUCGCUCAGAUUAAACAUGAAGUCUCCGAUCCAUUAAGAGCUUCAGUCCUAAAUACAUUUAGUCAGUUAUAUAAAUUUGUGUGUUUAAUAGAUUUAAUUAGUGAAUAUUUAUGGUUUCCGUUUAUUUCGUGCCAGAUAAAAACUGCACUAGUUGCUAAAUUAAAUAUCAAUUGUAAGGUUAUAUAUUUAAAAAGAUUAUGCUCUUUGCUUAAAUGCAGUUAGCUACUUUUUAUUUGCUAACUACUUUUAUUUUGACGGUACACUGAUUAGAUCUCUUUACACGUGACUUUGUGUUUUUGG